AGUGGCGUUACGGAAAGAGCGUAGGGAGGCCCCGCUGGCCGGGCAUUGAUUCCUGCUCCUAGGACGUGGCGAGUCCCAGGCAGAGUCGCCUGAGGAGACGCCGGGUCGCCGCCUGAGGAGACGCCGGGCAGCUGGGCUGGGGCCAGACCCGCCUGCCGGGGGCCGCCGCGCCCCGAGCCGGACAGCUAGAGCCCGCGACCCCGCUCGGCACCCCGCCAUGUGGCCCCGGGCGCUGUGCGCGGCCCUGCUGGCCCUGGCCGCGGGCUACCUCUUCGUGCGGGAGCCGGAGCUGCCCGGCGCGGCGCUGCGCUACCUGGCCGGCCGCCUUUGGGCCGAGCCGGCCGAGAGCAGCAUGGCGGCGGCCUGGGAGGCGCUCAUCACCCGGCCCGCCCGGCCGUGGAGCAGAGUGGCCGUGGGAGUCAAUGCCUGUGUAGAUGUAAUCGUCUCCGGUGUGAAGCUGUUGCAGGCACUUGGUCUUGAUCCUGGUGAUGGGAAAGAUCAUGCUGUCUUGAAUUCCAGAAAAGACCUGAAAGAAGCCUUCAUCCAUUUCAUGCAGAAGGGGGCAGCUGCUGAGCGCUUCUUCAGUGAUGCAGAGACCUUCAAUCACAUUGCACGAGCAGCCUCCGAGUACCCUGGGGCACAGCUCUAUGUGGGAGGAAAUGCUGCCUUAAUUGGUCAGAAACUUGCAACAAAUCCAAACCUGAAGAUCCUUCUUUGUGGUCCAGUUGGUCCUAAACUCCAUGAACUACUUGAUGAUAAUGUAACUGUCCCACCAGAAUCUAUGCAGGAAACUGAUGAAUUCCACCUUAUCUUGGAGUAUCAAGCAGGUGAAGAAUGGGGACAGUUGAGAGCUCCCAAUGCCAACCGCUUUAUCUUCUCCCAUGACCUAUCAAAUGGAGCCAUGAACAUGCUGGAGGUGUUUGUGUCCAGCUUGGAUGAGUUUCAGCCAGACCUUGUAGUGCUUUCAGGGCUUCACAUGAUGGAAGGGCAGAGCAGGGAAGUGCAUGAGAAGAGACUUCUGGAGGUUGUGACUUCUAUCUCUGAUAUCCCCACUGAUAUCCCCAUACAUCUGGAAUUGGCCAGUAUGACUGACCAGGAUCUCAUGAGCAAGAUUAUGCAUCAGCAGGUCUUCCCCCUGGUGAACUCUGUCGGGCUAAAUGAACAGGAGCUGCUGUUCCUCACCCAGUCGGCCUCUGGUCCUCAUGCCUCCCUUGCUUCCUGGGAUGGAGUUCCAGAUGUGGGCAUUGUCAGUGACAUCCUUUUCUGGAUUCUGAAGAAGCAUGGAAGGACCAUGGACAAGGCAUCUGAUCUUACCCGGAUCCACUUCCACACACUGGCCUAUCAUGUUCUGGCUACAGUGGAUGGGUAUUGGGGCAACCAGAUAGCAGCUGUGGCUGCUGGAGCCAGAGUGGCAGUGACACAGGCUUGUGCAACUGAAACCAUUGAUACUGACAGAGUCUUUCUUAAAGCUCCCUUGGAGUUUGUGACCUCCCACACAGAGGCACCCUCCAAAAUCUCUUUAAAUCCAGGUGAUCCAGUGGCACAAUGGCACAGAGAGGGAAUCUCAUUCCAUUUCACCCCUGUUUUGGUGUGUAAAGAUCCCAUACGGACCGUGGGACUUGGAGAUGCUAUUUCAGCUGAAGGACUCCUAUAUUCAGAACUAUACCCUCAGUAGCCUAUGGAAACGAGAUGCCUUUUUCUCCAAGAAUAUAGUGACUGAGGAAAUAUGGUGUUCUUCAGGGGGUUUCAGACAGUGUGGUGGUGGGUGGAAUUUGGGAUAUUAAACAGUCUCCGGAUAUUAUCUGAGAAGAACCAAAGAAUACAUUCCAGCCACUUGGCAGUGACUUGAGAGUAUUUCUCAUGUUAAUGUAAAAGUUGUAGUAUUUUAAUUCAGAGCCUGGCUUUUGUCUUAAGCAUGUCAGGAGGAGGGAAACUGAUACCAGAAUCCCUGUUUGGGACAGAGUUGCUGAUUGUUAAUUUAAGACAGUCUUGUCUAUAGUGCUUGAAAGCAAGGCAGCCAGACAGAAUUUCAUGCUUAUGAAUCCCAGGGAGUACACAGCAGUCCUCAGUCCUGUCUUGCUUCUGAUAAAGCAAAAAUAGAAGGCUCUUGGAUUAUCUCCUAGCUGCAUAUUGCUACAUGACAAGAGCAACCCUUCCACUUGCUCAGUGUUGUGAUCAUAUCGCUUAUUGACAAAAUUACCUCUCAACCUCAGCACCCAAGCGAAGGAGGGAGCAGAGUAAACAGUGCUGAAGUGUGAUACGUACUGUACAUAUUCCCUAAAUGCAGAGCUGGAGAGCGCUUUACUAGAAGCUCUGUAAAUUGUUCUGGGUAUCUGUGCAGGUGGGGAUGCUAGACUGAACACACACAAGCUCCUUUUUAAUUUCUGGGUAGGUCAGAGUAAGAUAUUGAAGACCUGUCUUUUGGGAGAUAGGUUAGGUGCUUGUUUAUCUUAAAAUGAGCCUCAAAUAUAAGUGUGGCUUAGUUGCACAGAAAUUGCCCUGUGUUUCAGCUAGCGAGGCUCACCCUUUAUGCUUUCCUUUGUGGUGUAUGCUCAUGUCAGCCUCAUCCUCCAGUUUAUGAAUAGGCUAUUGCUGAUGAUUACUUGAUUUAUUUUUAUGCUAGUGCUGUUGCAUAAUUUUCUUGGACAUGCAUAUCUUUGAUUUGGAGGGGUCUUGUUCUUUCGGGUGGUUUCUGGAUAGGUAAGUCAUUACUGGUUUUAAGGUAGCUGAACUUACCUGUCCUCCUCGGGUACAAGUGAGAAAUGCUAGGAAGAAGACUUCCAGUAGAGAUUAGAAGUAUGUUUGGGGUGUUUUGCAGUUUAUUAUGAAUUGCCUAUCUGCAUAUAAUUCCACUGCUUUGGGCAACCUCAGAAAUCACAGGAACAGAGCAUGGGUGUCUUACUGUCAGCACCACAAGAAAAUUGCCUUGUAUUGUAGCAUAUAUUUAGCAUAGCAUUUUUUUUAAUUAAACAUGUUGCUUAGGGGACCAUUUUUCUCUUGGUAGCACUUGUCUCUAUAGUAUUGUGCUAAGGCUUCUCUGUUGCCUGCUUCCCUUUGAGAAUUAGCUGAAACUGUAAACCUACAGUUGCACAGAAGCAAAAUACAAGUCUACUUCAGUGUUGAUUGAAAACUCAAUAUGACUGGCAUGUCUAUGUAAUCCAGUUUUUUCCCCCUGCUUCAGGUAUGUAAGACUCACAACUGCAGACCCUCUGCAUUCAGGAACUGAUUUGUUAAGUUUAAAAAUGCUGGACUCCAAAAAUUUUGGAAAAGGUACAAACAAUGGUUAUACCAAGUAGCUGCAAAAUUUGCUGUGUGUGGAGUCUGAACAGACUAUGCUAGGGAGAGGAUGUUUUUAGUUGCCAAAUGAAUGAAAAGUGAAAGAUUGCUGCAGUCGGAAGCAGCUUUAUUUAUUUAUUUUUAAAAAGGAAAAAGGGUGUGUGUCUCUGUCCUUAAUCUGUCUAAAUCAUUGGACAGAGUUCUACUUUUACAAACCACAACCUGUUCAGCCUGGCCAUGCAUUUGUCUCAGCUAUUUAGGCCUACCACAAUCAUCAUCAAGAAAACCAGAAUAUCUGUAGUAUCUAAUGGAGACAGGUUAGGACUUGAAUCUUUCAUCCCUUGGUACAAUUGAAUGAUUAAAAAUCUUCUCUGUAACAGUUACCCUCCAAGCCAUGUCUCCUGUGUGGCACAGUAGAUCUAAGUUUUGUAGCAAGGACCCUAGAGUCAUGUAGCCCUGUGGGAAUUGUAUAAGUCAGCAGUGCACCUGUUAGGGCCAAAAAGCAUCCCUGUCCUGUAAAGGGACCAGAUUGAAUCGACCUGAUAUAAUUGGCUGCAGUUGUUGUGGUCGAUUGAGUCUGGCAGCACAAACCACUCUCCAUAUAUUGUAAAACUAGCAGAAUCUGGCUAAUGCCAUUCUCUCCUCAUACUGAUAUUGCUGUCUGUGGAGUUUUCCUGUAGGGAAAACCAGAGGACUGAUGUAACGUGGACUUGUGGGUCACACAUUUAAAAUCAUAAGCCCCAAAGGGUGCUGUGUGAGGGUAUAAAUUAGGAGCUGUUGCAUGCCUUCCUGACACCACACAAAAUGGUGUCUAGUCCACUUGUAACUACUGUUGGCUUGGGGAUUCAGAGAAAACCCAGAAUGGUGGAAAAUUCUCUCAGAGGAAAGAAUCUGCAAAAAGUGAGACAAGAUGAUCAUGGUGGUCCCUAUUGGCUUUAAAGUCUGAGUCUGUCUAGGUUCCUUCCCCACUCUGAACUCUAGGGUACAGAUGUGGGGACCUGCAUGAAAAAACCCCUAAGCUUAUUUUUACCAGCUUAGGUUAAAACUUCCCCAAGGUACAAACUAUUUUACCUUUUGCCCUUGGACUUUAUCGCUGCCACCACAAGCAUCUAACAAAUAUACAACAGGGAAAGAGCCCGCUUGGAAACAUCUUUCCCCCCAAAAGUCUCCCAAACCCUACACCCCCUUUCCUGGGGAAGGCUUGAUAAAAAUCCUCACCAGUUUGCAUAGGUGAACACAGACCCAAACCCUUGGAUCUUAAGAACAAUGAAAAAGCAAUCAGGUUCUUAAAAGAAGAAUUUUAAUAGAAGUAAAAGAAUCACCUCUGUAAAAAUCAGGAUGGUAAAUACCUUACAGGGUAAUCAGAUUCAAAACAUAGAGAAUCCCUCUAGGCAAAAUCUUAAGUUACAAAAAGACACAAAAACAGGAAUAUACAUUCCAUUCAGCACAACUUAUUUUAUCAGCCAUUUAAACAAAACAGAAUCUAAUGCAUAUCUAACUAGAUUGCUUAUUAUUGCCCUUUACAGAAGUUCUGACCUGCAUUCUUGCUCUGGUCCUGGCAAAAGCAACACACAGACAGAGAGAACCUUUGUCCCCCCCCAGCUUUGAAAGUAUCUUGUCUCCUCAUUGGUCCUUUUGGUCAGGUUGUCUUAGCUUCUUAACUCUUUACAGGUGAAAGGGUUUUUCCUCUGGCCAGGAGGGAUUUAAAGGUGUUUACCCCUCCCUUUAUAUUUAUGACAGUCUCUUCUGCAUUACCAGGGCAAGAGGAAGGAACCAGCUCUGUAGUGUACAUCCUACAGUUGGUGUCUCAUUCUAGCUUCACCUUGGGGUUUGACAUUAAUUUCAGUCAUGGAACUUGAAUAAGAGUUCAUUGAUAUCCAAACUCCUCCUCCUCCAGUAAAUUGUAUCUUUAGUUUUGAAGGGCAGCGCUUUACUAUUUUUAUAAAAAAAAGGCCAAUUUGCUUCUUUGACUAACAGGUCUCAAGCAUCUGCCAUUAGGAGAAAUGUACAUUAUUGUGCAACCUUUGUGAACACAGACUGCGGGCACAGAAGAACUAGCACUACCGAAGACCAUGCAUCCUGCCAAUUUAAGAAUUAAUCCUUUGCUUGUGGCAGGUGCAAAUUUAUUCAAAGCCAGCAAAGCUAUAUGGAUUUUUUGACUUGGAGACAAAAGAAAAAUAUGUACAGGCUGUUGGUUACAGAGCAAGCCUGACAGCUGUGAUAUUUUGUUUCUUCCAAAAACUAGUGUCAAGACCUUAGAUUUUCAGGACAAAACCCAAGAUUGCAUGGGCAUAGGGCAGAUUCUGGGUCAGAAAGUGUACAUGAAAAUCCUGGAGUUUUAAGAUUUAUUUUUUGAAAAUGUUUUAAUUAUUUUGACUAACCUCAUUAACUAGGCAGAUCCCAUAGAUCUAAACGAACACUUAAAAUUCUACCCAUCUUAAAGACCCAGAACCUGAUUUUCUUUCUAUGUAGAGGAGUUCUGCAUUAGUGUAAUUCCAUGGAGAUACUACCGACUUACACCCAACAAGAUCUGAACUUGAGUGCAUUUGAAUUUAGAAACAAAACCCUGAAAAACGAUAAACUUUACUUUUUACUCCCUUGUUUGUUAGUAAAAUUCUUUCUGACCCACUAAUAUUUCUUCCUGGGAUUUCUUGUGACCUGGCAUAACUGUGUUGUGUUUCCACUUUAAUAUGUGCUUUGAAUUAGAGCAGCUUAUGAUGGAAUUUAUGGUGCUCUUGCCAUAUUAUGAAGCAGCCACAUGAUACUUCAAGGUUAGGCAUCUUAACUUAAUCUCAGUGGUUCAGAAUUACCAAGUUUCCUUAGUGAGAAUAAUCCUUAAUCAGUAGGACUUAAUGGUUGACAAAUGUGGCUACCUGUUGAAAGAGCCCACAUAAUAACCAGCUGAAACUGGAAAGCAGCAUCCAGUUCUUCACUCCAUGCUUUCUGUGCCCCAAACCAGCUCCACUUAACUCAAAUGUGCUUUGCCAGGCCAAACAAUGGAAUGCACAAAACAUGAGUUUCAGCCAGAACAUUUUUCAUACGCUUGUAGGGCACUGUAUGUCCACGAGGGUCUCCUUCCUAUAUCUGAUAGCAAUAGUGCUAGCUCAUCACUGCUACUUGGUAUUUUGAACUGCUUUUGUUGAGUAAUAGAAGUGGAAAAAUUACUCCCACUAUUCCCAGUGCUACUUUAGUUAUCCCAGCUGCAAUGCCAUUGUUGCCAGCUCUAAAUUAUACUCAAAGCUGUCUUAUUGCUAUGAAACUUUGAGCUAGAAAAUGAAUCAGCAGAGUUAAAAGCUGGGGUUUUAAAAAAAUUUGAGCAUU